AUGGGCGCUGGGUCGAGUGGACGUCUAGGCAUCCUAGAUGCGGCUGAACUUCCACCAACGUUCGCUGCAGAUAACAUGCAGUAUAUCGCUCUCGUAGCCGGAGGCGACGGAGCCCUCAGAACGGCUCGAGACGCGAUCGAAGACUCGCGAGAGGCAGGAUGGGCGGACUUAGACGCCCUUUUCCCAACCUCUCAUGACGCGCUGAUCGGUAUAACAUCAUCUGGGCGUACACCGUAUGUUUUGGGUGCCCUCCAGCGCGCGCGCGAGCUCGGUUUGCUGACUAUAGGCCUUGUCUGCGUUCGGCCAAGUGCAGUUCGAAUGGAGAGGAACUGUACAGUGGUCGUCGAUCCCGUUACAGGACCAGAGGUCAUCACUGGGAGCACAAGGAUGAAGGCCGGCACCGCUACCAAGAUGGCCCUUAAUAUGAUAUCAACAGGCGUUCAGAUAAAGCUGGGAAAAACAUACGGGAAUUUGAUGAUCGACCUUAAUGCGUCGAAUCACAAGUUGGUUUCUCGUGCGAGACGCAUUAUCCGCACUGUCGCGGCUGAAGUGGGGCUACCACCAUCAUAUGCAUCGAUAUUCACUGAUGACGAGCAGCUCGAUGCUGUUAUACGUCGGUGCGAUGGUAGUGUAAAGCUUGCUUUGGUUGUUGUCGUAUCAGGAUGGGGCAUUGAUUUGUGUAGGGAGGCGCUCACACGAAGAGGAGGGGUCUUGAGGGCCGUACUAGAAGACGUGAGAUUUGAGACAGUGGCGAGAGUUUUCAAGGUUUGA